GUCCCCCCCGCGUCACCCCCCCCCCAGCAUCCUGAUUUUGUACCCAACGUGAGUGCCUCCCGCGCUGGUCUCCUGCGCAGGCAUACACCACCCGCGACGGCACAAUUCCCUCAGGCCUGGUUGUGAAGAUCUUCGUUGUUUUCUUUUCUCUCGAUCGCAUCUAUAUACCCUGAUUUCGGGCGCUGUUUUGAAUUAUGCCCAUCCCCCCGGCCCAGGCGAAGCACCGCCCAUCCCAUGCUGUUUCCACCCCUGGCGCUCGGAGUGGCCAUGGACUGUGACUUGUUGAGCUUGCAAAGCUGGGCCGGUGUUUUGGUGUCUUGCAUAUGGUUUGUUGUUUUUCUCUUCCGGUUGUGGAUACCCCGAGUAGAGGGGGUGGUCCAUAUAGAAGUACAUAGACUAAUACUACGCACUCUUUUCUUUGUGGCAAUGCGGGCACUCCUGGUGAAUCUAGCAGUCGCGGAGGUGUGUCGGUCAGUGCCAGUUCUGGCCAGGGAUGGCGGUGGACGGCGGCGGACAAGGCUGUGGUUUCCUCAGGCACCAGCACGCGUAGGUUAUGUAAGCCUACCACGUGCAUUCAGGCCCACAACGCGAUGCGCCAGGCAGACAGACCGACCGUCACGUCGACUUCGGCACUUGACUUCUCUUCCUCAUUGUUGCCCACCAUUGCCAGGAUCAGCAGCAUGGCCAUGCCGUCCGAUAUGCACCUCAAAUCCUGGAUCCAUUCCGGCCGAUUGCAUUGCCCGCAGACAGCCCUUUUCCUCCCCCAUGAUUCGCGUCCCCACCCGCCGUGAACGCCAAACGACACUAACCGGGCCAGCUAGACGGGGUAUCCACGAACUUCCAGACUUCCGCCAACGCUUACGAUACUACACGUGUGGGUGGGUAGAUAUCUACACUCCGGACCUUCUGGCCGGAUCGCUGCUGGUGGUGCGGAGCACUGACUUCGUCUCGAAAAGGGCAUCUCGACCCUCGAACCACAUCACCAUGAGGGGACCCGACGGCAGGGGUGCGGCUCCACUCGCCUGAGGCUUCGAAUAGAAAGCCCCCUUUCGAGCACGUUGUCCGCCCUCGCAGCCCUCUCCCCGCCGGGGG